AUGUCGGAGAACGUAACGGAAGAGCCGCAGUAUAUCAACGUGGAGAUAUGCGUUGAUAACAUGGAAUCGGCGGACGCCGCAGUAGCCGGAGGAGCCGAUCGGCUCGAAGUUUGCUCCGCACUUCAGCUCGGCGGCCUCACACCGACUGUCGGUAAGCAAACUAUUGAUUUUUCCGACUUUUUACAGAGCUUUUCCACCCGGGUUUUUGUGUUCGAUUAGUGGGAAGAACUAGAGAAAAUCGAAAAACGGAAGCAAAAAACUCGUUUUCUAGGACAAGAAUACGGUAUUAUUCCAAGGUCACAAUUUUUUCUACGGCCCAGCCCAAGCCGCCCGGAAAUCGCAACUAUGUGAGACAUUGCAGGAUUCGUGUCGGCGAUCCGUUACAAGUACCCAGACGUGCCGUUAUUCUGUAUGAUUCGUCAGCGGGCCGGCAACUUUGUGUACACGGCCGACGAGAUGGAGACGAAUGUGGAGGACGUGCAGUGGCUGAUUAAGGCCGGCGCCACCGGAUUCGUGUUCGGCGCGUUGACAAUGUCAGUUCAAAGAUUUUUUUAUUAUUAUUAUUAUUUAUUUACGUUUAUUAGCGUGGAGAAGGAGAAAAAAAGAGGGGGAGGAGAUGUGGGGGAGUUGGGGGAAAAAAAGAUAUCGUUUUUCUAAAACCCGACUCCCUCUUUUCCAGACAAGGCAUCGUGGACCACAAUGCUUGUCAGCAAGUAAUCGAGGCGGCGCGCCCGUUCCCGGUCACGUUCCACCGCGCGAUCGACGUGACGUUCGACUGGAGAUGCUCACUGGAGGACGCGAUCGAGCUCGGCUUCAAAGCGGUGCUGACGAGCGGACAGGAGCCGACCGCACUCGACGGAGUGCACAUUAUCAAGGAGAUGCAGGAGAAGUACAAGGACCGCAUCGACAUUCUCGUCGGCUGUGGGGUGAACAGCUCGAACGUCGCGAAUCUGGUCGAAUGGACCACUUGCAAGUGGUACCACGCCUCCGCGUCCUUCCCCAGGAACUUCAAGGUAAUUUUUUAGCCAAAAAAAACAUUUCUGUCGGUUUUUCAGUUAAGCAAAGUGCAAAUGGGCAAACAAGACAACCAACCGAUGCGCGUCACCUCGCUGGACGAGGUCAGAAUGCUCAAAUCGACCGUCGCCUACGGAUUCUACUAA